CACAUAAUCCAAACAAGCUGCAAUAUUCUCGCAGAGUGAGGGAUCUUUGGUCCCGCCCCUGGGAGCGGAUCCCGUGACCAAAGAUGAUAGAGUGGGGCAAAGAUAGUGGACUAUCUCGCUUCGCUCUAUGAUCUUUGCCCGUGACCCUGUCACCGGCUUCAGCUUCAGCUUCAGCUUCGGGCGGAGAGAUGGCGGCGCUGCGGCCGGGCUGGCGGGCAGGCCGCAGAUUAUAUAGUGCAAUAACACAAAGUCAUGAAACCCACAAGAUUUCUCGUCCAGAAACUACCUCUGCCAAGAAUCUAAUGGACAUUGGCACUCGACGGAUAUUUUCUGAAGAACAUGAUAUAUUCAGACAAAGCGUGAGGAAAUUCUUUGAAGCAGAGGUCAUUCCAUAUCAUGCACAGUGGGAAAAAGAUGGUCAAGUCAGUCGAGAAGUUUGGGAAAAAGCUGCACAGCAGGGUCUUUUGGGAGCCAAUACAUCAGAAGAGCAUGGCGGACUAGGUGGUGAUGUGCUUUCUGCCGCUAUCAUUUGGGAGGAACAGAUGUAUGCAAACUGCAGUGGACCUGGUUUCAGCUUGCAUUCAGACAUUGUCAUGCCCUAUAUCACUCGUUAUGGUUCUAAAGAUCAAAUUGAACACUAUAUUCCUCAGAUGGUUUCUGGUAAAUGUAUUGGUGCCAUUGCAAUGACGGAACCUGGUGCCGGCAGUGAUUUACAAGGAAUACGAACACAUGCUAAAAAUGUUGAUGGUGACUGGAUCCUCAAUGGCAGCAAAGUUUUUAUAACAAAUGGCUGGAUGUGUGAUGUGGUCAUUGUUGUAGCUGUGACAGAUCCUCAGGCACAUUCUCGAGCCCAUGGGAUAAGCCUGUUUCUUGUGGAUAAUGGUGUGAAGGGAUUCAUCAAAGGAAAGAAGCUGGAGAAAAUUGGUUUGAAAGCACAGGACACAGUUGAGCUCUUCUUUGAGGAUGCCCGCUUGCCUGCAAAUGCUCUACUCGGGGAAGCUAAUAAAGGAUUCUACUACUUAAUGAAUGAUCUGCCACAGGAAAGAUUGCUCAUCGCUGACAUGGCGCUUGCCAGCUGUGAAUUUAUGUUUGAAGAAACAAGAAAGUAUGUGAGACAGAGGAAGGCCUUUGGAAAAACAAUUGCUGAUUUACAGACUGUGCAGCAUAAAUUGGCGGAAAUAAAGACCCAGGCUUGUGUGGGCCGUGCAUUCGUCGACAGCUGCCUGGGGUUGCAUAUGGAGCAACGACUAGAUUCUGCUACUGCUUCCAUGGCCAAAUACUGGAUGUCUGAGCUCCAGAAUAUUGUAGCCUACCAGUGUCUCCAACUCCACGGUGGAUCUGGAUAUAUGUGGGAAUAUCCAAUUGCUAAGUCUUUUGUUGAUUCCCGUGUUAGCACAAUUUAUGGUGGCACAAAUGAAAUAAUGAAAGAGCUUAUUGCUCGAGGAAUUUUAAGUGACUGAUGGUGCUGUUUUGAUCUGAGCUGAAUGCUGAUUCAUGCCAACAGGACCUCCAGAUUCUGAAAAAAAUAUUUGUUCCUAUAUAUUACUUUUAUUCAAUAAAACAAAAUCUAUAUCUACUUCUGAUUUAUUCAGAGAUGAGAAUUUUGGAUAUUGAACCCAAUAGCUUGCUUAUUCCUGUUUUACUUUUUAUAUGCACAAAACAACUGAAGUUUGAAUGCAAAAUCAAUAUUUCCCAUUUACUUUGUGUUUAUUUGCUCUUAUUUGCAACAACCAGGCUUGUUGAUAGUUUCAAGAGCCCACUGUGAGUUGUUCCCAUGGUAAAACCCUGUCCAAGAAUCUGCGGUUUAUUGUUGAGACAACAAACCAAGAUAAGACAUUUGUUUUACCAUUCUGAUUGAACUGCUAAGCAGCUAAAUGUAUUAAAAUAAAAAUAUUCUGGAACUUUUAACAAUUUCCCACUGAAUUAUCUUCAAUUUUGUAAUUCUGUGUGCAUUUAAUGACACUAGUGGACACUAUUCUGAUCAAAACUGCUACAGAGUUCUCAGAACUGAUUGUUGAUUGUUUUCUUAAAAACAACUUGAUAAAUUGGGUUUAGAUAAGCUUUACGUUUGAGUAAAGAAGGACAUUUCAUGGUGCAAUCAUCAUUUUAAAUAAUUUGUUUGUGUAAAUUGUUUUAAUAUGUAAAUUGUUGGAAUUUGAAAAUUCUCCAAGAACUGGACAGUGAUUCUACAACUAGAACUUUCCUUAUCAUAAUCUUAAAUUACUGUCCUCUUCACCCGAGAUUAUGCUGCCUGGUUUUAGACACUUAAGCUCAAAGAAACAGCUUCACUGCAUCUGCUCUGAAAAUCUUUCAGGUGUUUUUUAGACCAUAAAACAUAGGCCAAAUGCCUAAUUCUGUUCCUAUCGAGUCUGUUCACCAUUCGAUCAUGGCUGAUCUAUUUUGCCCACACAACCCCAUUCUCCUGCCUUCUCCCCAUAACCCUUGACGCCCUUACUAAUCAAAACCUAUCAAUCACUGCUUUAAAUAUAACCAAUGCCUUGGCCUCCACACUCGUCACUUCUACAGAUUUACCACCCUCUGGCCAGAGAAAUUCCUGCUCAUCUCCAUUCUAAAGGUUUAUUCUGAGGCUUUUAUUCUGAGGCUGGUAUUGUUAUAAUACUAUAUUAUGCUUUAUAUACUAUUAUACACUAUAUAAAACUAUGUUUUAUAAAUUAUUGUUUUUAAAUUACAAUUCUUCUAACUUCCUGUGAGGACCGACAGAUCCUUUUCAAUCUCACUUGAUAUGUCAAUAUCCUAUUUGCUUGAAUCACUGUAGUGGACAUGUGCAGCUCUGUCACUUUGUCAAGCACAUCCUUCCCAUCAGUGCCGCAAAGCCCUAUACUGUUGUACUGACCCCAUUACCUUAGCAUUUCCUUGCAAUUUUGACACACACUUACUUUCCUACCAAGCUUUGCAUCUUAAAAUAUGGACAUUUGUACAUCUGAAACCCUUCAUCCAUUUCAUUAAUGAACAUAAAUUGCUGAGUAAGUCAGCCAGUGGUAAAAUUAUAUUAUACAUUCCAGCUGUUUUUAACCAGUCACUAAUCAUAAUACACUUAACCUCAUGGGAUUCUAUUUUGUGUAAUGGCCUUCCAGUUUCUAUCUUAUUGACUGAAUCUACUGGUUCUUCUUAUUGACAAGUUAGAAUCUCACAACCUCAACCUUUAAGGACAUCUCCAGCUGUAAAAAAAAAACAGCUAAUCAAUUUGAAUUGCUUUUUAAAGUGUUAACUAUAUGCUUUGAUUUCAAUAAACACUUAUUGAAAAAGUU